AAACUUCAUCUACGGUGGCCGGCCGGGGCCAAUUGUUCUCCCCUCCCUAUAUAUCCCCGGAACGCGAUUGUUGGAGCUGACAGCCCGGCCUGCGCUGGAGGCUCUUCCGCGGUGGAGGCUGAAGUCUCUGCAAAGAAUAAGAAGUUUAAUCUGCCCAGGUAGUUUUUUUUAUGAAAAGAUCUGAAGACGGAGGCAUGGAAACAUCCAGCGGUUGGCAUUUGAGAAGUGUCGCCGUAGGAAGCAGUUAAGAAGGUGUGUCAGCGUUGUUUUGUUGCAGAACUGGCAGACGAGUCUAACCAGUUGACGUUCUUCGACUGGCCUAUUUUUACGUUGCGUGCUCGGGAGGGUGAAACCACCACAUGACGAAAGGGCACCAUAUCGAUCGACCCCACCUUGUGUCUCUAGAACAAGAAGCCGCUCCGGAAAGCCGUUUGAUUGGGAGGCGUAGAUAUUUUUUUACCGUCGUCUCCUUAGAAGACACGUUAUGAAUACCUUCUGGAACAUGUCCACGAGUUCUGCACGCAAGAGGCCCGACACCGAAGAGAAGGCCCUGGCCGGGGAGCCGAAGAACAGCCCUCCUCGCAACGCUCCCAAGAAACAGCUGCCGGCUAUCCCCAAGAACGCUGUCCCCAUGACCAAACCCGCCUCUCCGGCCCUUUCUGCUCAGUCGACAAACGGAACGCACGCCUCUUACGGGCCUUUCUACUUGGAGUACUCGCUCCUGGCAGAAUUCACUCUGGUUGUGAAGCAGAAGCUACCAGGGGUCUACAUACAGCCUUCUUACCAGUCAGCGUUAAUGUGGUUUGGAGUCAUAUUCAUACGGCACGGCCUGUAUCAGGACGGUGUCUUUAAGUUUACAGUCUACAUCCCUGACAACUAUCCAGAUGGUGACUGCCCGCGCUUGGUCUUUGACCUGCCCAUCUUCCACCCGCUAGUUGAUCCCGUCUCAGGUGAACUGGAUGUGAAAAGAGCCUUUGCCAAGUGGAGGCGGAACCAUAACCACGUGUGGCAAAUCCUGAUGUAUGCCCGCAGAGUUUUUUAUAAGAUUGACACGACCAGCCCUCUAAACCCUGAGGCUGCUGUGCUAUACGAAAAGGACAUCCAGCUUUUCAAAAGCAAGGUGGUGGACACUGUCAAGUUGUGCAGCACUCACUUAUUUGAUCCGCCGAAAAUAGAGGAUCCCUAUGCAAUUAGUUUUUCACCGUGGAAUCCAGCUAUACACGACGAAGCUAGAGAGAAGAUGCUGAGCCAGAAGAAAUCAGAGGAUCCACUGGGCAAAAGUACACAAGUGUCUGGCCUUUCGUGGGUCAAGCCUGGCUCGGUCCAGCCUUUCAGCAAAGAGGAGAAGACCCUGCCUACUUAAAACUCCGGCAGACGGGGGAAGAAAAAGCACUCAACACUUUCUGCAGGGAAAGGGAAUGUAACAGAGACAGCCAGACGGCAAAGCGGUGGACUUUUUUUCUUUCUCCUUCUUGACUUUGGAUUAGUAAAGAGUAAAAACGCUAGAGGUGACUCGAGUAAACCCGCUCAAGUGGAUUGGCUUGGACUCUUCAUGUUUUUUUUAAAAAACGUGUUUUAACUACAGCCUGCAAGUUGGGGGGUGGGGAAGUAGCUCAUAACUUGGCUGGGCUUUUGGUAGCAAAGUCCACCUUGGGGUGGCUAAUGCCUCAGGUUCUUGUAUGCUGAGGUUCUUAAGUGGGUUACUCUUAAGCUUUCUUUUAAUUAUUAUUUUCCUUCCAGGACAUAGGUGGGUUUUUAACUUAAAAGAUCAGGCAGAGGAGAUAACUUUGUUUCCAGAGGUAAUCUUGUGUUUAUGUAAACUAAUAUAGCAGAGUAAAAUACUAUAUUUAAAAACUUUUAAAUGCAUUUGGUUUCUAUUGUAAAUAAUGUUAGGAUAUGGAAUUUGUAAAUAGUUGGGGGGGGGCGGUUUGGAUUCCUUGCUGCCCAUAAAAGGGCAAGAAGGCUGAGAUUGGCAUGUACCAUGACUUUUGGAAACUGAUUUUCAGUAUUGUCACUAGAGGCUGCCUUCUGCUGUAGCUUUACCCUUCCCAUCUUCAGGUCUACAGUAGAGUUGCCUGCAAACAUCACGUCGGGAGGGAAGGAGCGAGCCGAAUCUGAUAUUUCUUGCUGCAAAGACGCACACUUGGCCAAACUUUCAGAGACUGUCAAGAGGAUGCAACGUCGCGUUUUUUCCCCCUCCUUCCUACGGUUCCUUGUGAUGGUUGCACACAUCUUAAAAUGCUGGUCUUGAGAUGUAUUUAGACCUAUGCUUAGGAGGCAGCCCUUCAAUCACUCAUUAGUCAAGCUGGACAGCAAAUUGCAGCAGGGUGGGGGGAUGGUUACCAGGGUUCAUACAACUGUAUUCUAGUAGUGUUGCGAUUCUUGGCUUAAAUAAAAUCUUAGAGGAUCUGGGUAGUUUCCCUUAGUGAUAACAGUACAGGCUGACAUGACUAAUGUGUGUUGAAUAGUGGCAUCUCUUAAAAAAUAAUAAAAGACCAGUCAAGGUAAA